AUGGCCGAACAAAAGCCCAUCAAGCUCAACCCUCCCACCAAAUACGCACCAUCCACCAAGAACUCUCCUCCCGUUGACCCUCCCACGCUCGACUGGAUCACCACAACAUGGUCCGUCACGCACUCAACGCUGUCCAUGUGGCGCGACGCGCGCAACGUGCGCAUCACCUACAAGAUGCUCCCCGGCACCGCAGACGGUCGCCCGCGCAUUGACGACCUAGUCGAGUACGAGCCCUUGUCCAAAGACGGCACGCGCAAAUCAGUCGAGGGCGUCGACACGCAGGCCUCCUCCAUCGGCUGGGACUGGCGAGGCAAGGGCUGGCUGAAGUUUGUCAACACCCACUGGGAGCUGCUGGGCUGGGGCGAGGUUGUCACGGCCGAGGGCGUCAAGGAGAGGUGGGCGGUUACGUGGUUUGCGCCGACGGUGUUUACCAAGGAGGGUGUGGAUAUUUACUGCGAUCGCAAAGAGGGCCUCAGCGAGGAGACAUAUCUGAGAAUCAGGGAGGCUUUGAAGGAGUCCGACUCAAAGAAGGUUUCUGAGCUAGUUGAGGCCCAGAUGCAACCUGUCGAGAUCAGGCUGCCAUGGCUAGAAGCGACAGAGGCCUGA